UCCGUUUUCAUUCUGACAGCCGAGCGAGCCGUGCAGAUUUGCAUUUGGUGGGAGAGAGCCCAUAGGUGCAGCCUCUGGCCAUGAAGCACUCAGCUGCUAUUUAACGAAAAUCUCCUCUCUGUCACUCGUCUGUUAACCCUUUGAAUGCAAGUUCAUACGUAAACGUCGUGGGAUAUCGUAUGCGGCGUUGUGAUUGUGUCUGAAGAGCGAACAGAGAUUCUCAACAUGGCGGAUAGCAUGAUGAGCAAAGCAGCCACGAUGGAGAUUCCCAUCAACAGCAACGGAGACUCCAGAACACUGGGGGAAGACGAUGGCCUAGAGCAGGCCAGACGUUGGAACUUAGAUGAGCAGGACCUGCAGCAGGUGAUGGUGUCGGGCCCCAACCUGAACGAGACCAGCAUCGUGUCCGGAGGCUACGGGGGAGCGGCAGAGGGCAUCAUCCCCACCAGCUCUAUUAAAGGACCGGCCAUCUUUUUUAACCCAGAGUACUUGGAAAAGAGGAAGUCAGGCGAUCCCAAAGAAGACAUACGCAACAAAUCACGUGGCAUCCCACCCAGCCAAUCAGCCACCAGCCGGAUAGCCAACCAGGCGCAGCGGUACCCAGGUCCCAGCAUGCACCACAGCAACAGCAACCCCAUGAUGGCGGAGGAGGCCACGCGGGGCGUCGCCGUGGAGAAGUUGGACACCGUCAAGAAGUGGGGCAUCAACACAUACAAAUGUACGAAGCAGAUGUUUUCGGAGCGUUUUGGGCGUGGCUCUCGCACGGUGGACCUGGAGCUGGAGGCCCAGAUAGACCUGCUGCGGGACACCAAGAGCAAAUAUGAGAACAUCCUGCGGCUGUCUGGCUCCCUCACCACCCACUUCUACAACAUGGUGCAGACGCAGCAGGCACUCGGAGACAUCUUCGCAGACCUCAGCCAGAAGUCGCCCGAACUACAGGAUGAGUUUGGGUACAAUGCGGAGACGCAGAAGCUGCUGUGCAAGAACGGGGAGGCGCUGCUGGGGGCCAUCAACUUCUUUGAGUCCAGCGUCAACACGCUGGUCACCAAGACCAUGGAGGACACCCUCAUGACCAUCAAGAUGUACGAGAACGCCAGGCUGGAGUUCGAUGCCUAUCGGGCGGACCUGGAGGAGUUGAGCACGGGUCCGCGUGACGCGGGCACCAUGGUGAGGAUGGAGAUGGCACAGGCUCAGUACCAGCAGCACCGGGACAAGUACGAGAGGCUGCGCAGCGACGUCUCCAUCAAACUCAAGUUCCUCGAGGAAAACAAGGUGAAGGUGAUGCAUAAGCAGUUGCUCCUCUUCCACAACGCCAUCUCGGCCUACUUCGCCGGGAACCAGCAGCAGCUGGAACAGACUCUCAGACAGUUCAACGUCAAGCUCAAACCCCCCGGCUCAGACAAGCCCUCCUGGCUGGAGGAGCAGUGACACACACACACACACACACACACACACACACACACACACACACACACACACACACACACACACACACACACACACACACACACACACACACACACACACACACACCUGACCCUGGCCUACCAGUGCUAUCGAAAAACGUCAACAGCAAGUCAUGCAGUGUGGACACGCACACACAGACACACACACCCACAUUUGCGCGAGACCUAUGUGGAAAUUACAGAUGGAUGAAUGGAUGGACUGAAAGAUUUACUGAAAUGGACUGACGGAGAGACAGAAGACAUCCUCAGAGGUGGAUGGCGCAUGUACUGUAUAUAUAAACUAGUGUCAGAGAAUCCAAGCGACCUGAGACAGCGAGCGCGCAAUAUGGUGGCAGGGACUCUUCGCCAUCCCCUAUUCUCUUGUGCUUUCAUUUCUCUUCUCUCGGAUGUAUAUUUUGUUGUUUUUUCGUCCUUUUGACCAUCAUAUCUGUGUUUCUGAAAGCCUUUAUAUGUUCUGGAUGUAAUUUUAAUCAUCGGUACUUCAUUCUUCAAUCCAUGUACGUAGUAAGAAUGCAGAAGGUCUUUAAAGUGAUACUUCAUCAUUCCUGGAAUUGAAUCAUUUUACACCUCCCCUUUCGUUUAACAAUUGCGUUUUAAUUGUUUCUCAUUCUUCCAGCGGUCCUCUUAGUCAGGUGAUAUUACCUCUACACAGUCCCACGCUAGCAAUUAUCACUGAAUUGUAUGGGACCAGCUAGCUGCUAGCUGGUCCAAUGCGACUCAAUUAUGUACGCUAGCUUUGAGGUAGAAUUUGUUUUGCCAGACAUCAGAGAAUGGCUGAAAGUACAGGAGAAAAGGUAAAACUCGACCAUUUCGCUGAGGGAAAAGUGAAAACUUGGCUUAUUUCCAGAAAUGGGAGAGUAUCACUUUAAAACCGUUGAAAGUGGUUUUGUACUUAGAAAUGAAUGAAUAUCACUUUUGUCAUUUGUCAUUCAGCAGAAUGCGCCAGUGAAAGGUAAUGACAACAUCAGAUCGAGUCACUUUAGUCAUGUCAGUGUUGAUCAGAAUUAUGUUGUAUAUGUACUAUCUCUUAGUGUGCAGAUUCAUAUUUUGGGGAAUAUAGGGAGUCAAUUCUAAUCUGUGCAACAUUAGUACUGAAUGUUGAGGAAAAAAUAAGGGAAAAGAGAUGAAACCGUAGUCAGGUUUAUAUAUGAAAGUUAUUUAUGAAUUAAUCAAAAGCUAAUAGCCACUUUUUUAUUUAUUUUGAUUGUCACACUGCUUUGUAAACACUAUCACAUCGCUUAAAAGUGCUUCUCAUAGCUGUAUUAUUAUUUGUUCUGUUGUUUGAAAGACAUUUUGCGGUUUGUGUGGUGGUAACAGAGCCGAAAUGGUCUAUAGUAUAUUGCAUAACUGUAGUACGCACCUUACCCUAUGCUCAUCACACUUGUGUGCUGUGCACACAGCAGUGUGGUGGUAAUUCAUCGCAAUGCAGUAUCUUUGGCAGUUAUUUAAAACAGAUCACUCCAUAUCUUUUUCUAGUUUGCAUCUUCGCACUUGCGAAAGAACAGACGUACUGUAACCAUUCAUAGCCCUCAGACCUUGUGCUCUGUCAUACACAGAAAUUGAAGUUGAAGCCCUGAAACUGACUCUUAGUGGUGUUUUUCACAUUUUAUUUAAAAAAAACGCUUUUCAAUUCAUCAAUACACCAUAGGCUUUACCUGCAUUAAGCAAAAUUGGAAUGUCUCUAUUUAAAUCUCGAUGACAGAAGAUUCCACUUCCAAGCUGUAUGUGGACUGAAUAUGGGAAGGGCGGUACGGAAUUUUGUCGAAGCAGUACAACUCAGUUGCUCUCUCUACCCGACUCAGCACCCCCCCCCCCCUUUAUACUCACCACAGUUUACUGUCUAUACCUGAUCACUGUCUCCAAAGAAAAAAAAAACAUGUUUAACUGAACCUGAUGGUCAUGUUUAUGUUUGUUUGUUUGAGUUAUGAACCUUGAUGUGCCACAUGAGGACGGCAAGGGUCAGUGUCAAAGGUCACAUGAAGGUGACGACCAAAUACAGUGCCAUGUUAUUCACAGGCACACACUCCAUAGCAGGACCAAACCACCAACAUCUCUCCUCUGUUCUAUGUUUGUUUAGCCUGUCAAAAUGGAUGACAGGCGAUUGGCAUUUUCACAGUAACACCGUGUCAACAAGAGAGUUGUUAAUUCAUAUGUUAUCUCCACUGACCACUCCAUAUAAAAUACAUUUCUAGGUCACCACUUGUGGUGCUUCUUGAUGGCAGUGGGCCAAAUUUGGUUGUCCAUCAUAAUGCCUACUUCUAUUGAUUUGCUAUAUUCCAUUGUUAAAUCCCAUAUCACCGUCUGUUACAAUAUUAGUGAUUGUAACUAGUCUGUUUAAUUUAAUUUAGUCUGUAUAUUUUCCCUGAAAUGGCUGUCAAUUGAUUUAUACACAACAUGAAGUAAAUGUUUUGAUUUUAGUUUUUGUUUCUCUGGUGGAUGUAUUUCCGUAAUGAUCCUCAUGUUCAACUCAGUUCAAUGCUGACCUGAACGCCACAUGACAUGAGGGUGUUUGUUUAUUGACUUCACCAAAAAUUGCUGAACUGUUUGCAACGUUCUGCGUGUUCAUGGAUCUUAUCGUGCAUAUUUGCAAUUGUGUUGCCUACUCUCGUGCAUACACAAUCAGUGGUCAGUGAUCUAGUUCAUAAAACAUUCAUUCCUCUUGAUUAUGGAUUUCUUGGAUAGGGUCAUGUUUUUUUAUGUAAGUGGACCAAGUUCUUCAUAUAAUACACCUCUGUGUUGAGCCAUAUAUCACUGGUCUGAAAAGUGGGCUCAGUAAAUUUUACUGUAUUUGAUUGUCCUAACAAAGAAGCAACCCCACUUUGUAACAGUUUUACUGCAACCAACAUUUCAUCCAAUACAAAAAGUGACAUUUUUAAAUUUUCCUUAUUUGUGCAAAUGGAUUGAUGGGAUCAUGGAAGGUUUAUAAAAGAAUAUUGUUUGCAUAUAAUCUAUUUUUUUAGGCUGGUGUGUCAUAUUCUAAUAUUGUGCGAGUGGAAAAGAUUGAUGAAUAAUAUACAAUAGGGCCUAUGUAAAUGUGAAAGUAACUCAGUUAUCUUCCCAAUGUAAAUGUGUUGUGUUAUGCCCUUACAACAAGACCCCUGUAAUUGGCACAAGUAGUGAAAUCAUGAUGUAUGAUUAAAAAUCGCAA